GUCUCUGUGUGCUCCGCCUGUGAAGGAUACCAUCAUUACUGCUGUCAGAUUGAUUGCAAUGCUUGAAAGAAUGUAAAUCUGGAUAGGCUACGAUACGUUGAUCAGGGAAUAAUUUUGUUGGAAGAUGCUGCGUUGCGGCAAGCAUCCCGACCAGCCUGGCAGUGCAACACUGGUUCAACCAAUGGUGAGUUUGAGGCAGGACUAUAUGUUUUUGAAUGUUUGAUAAACCUGCUUGAAUUUUUUUUUUGUUUGUUUAUUUUUCUAUUCCAUUUCAUGCCAUCAGUGCUGUUGAAAUUUCACACUUCAGAAGCUUUACAUAUUUGUCUGCAGCUUGUAUUUUUUCAAGUCGCAUCACAGUGACUCCGCUUGCUGACCAACCGAUCAGACGAAAUCAAAGAACGGACGGGUGUUUCGUCAUUUAGAACAAAAUCUGAUUUUCAUUUUGUUUCGGUGGUUCGUAACAGUUCGCCAUGGCAAACUUAUAGGAAAACUUAUUUCCGGCUGCAAAACAACCUACUGCAAUUGGUCCACAUCAUCAGUGUGACCUGGAGCUCCACCUACUUUGAGGCCGACAGCUGAUUCCUGCUCAUUCAGUUAAAAUCAGUCACCAUGAACACCCCUGUGCAGAUUAAUUUGCAAGCUGGUGCGAAUCUUUACAAUCAGUUGUGUAGAGACAUUUUUCAAGACCAUGUCAUGCAGUUUUUUGCUUAAUUAGUGUACAAAAGGAAUAAAAUCUACUCAAAUACUCUAAAGUGCCCAUUCACUGUGUAUGUUGUUUGAUAUGCUACUUCACUCGUGUGCCAUAUGCUAACGAAAUAGUCAUUCUUUUGUCUGUAUUCUGCCCAUUCACACUUUCUAUAAACCCAUAUUAUGGCAUAUUAGGCACAUAUUAUGGCCACGUAUAGCUCAGCUGUUUCAAACUGCUUUUACCUCUGAACGAAGAAUGAUGAACAACUUCUCCGUAAGUGUGCUAGGUGUAGCAGUCUGCAAUGUCACUCAACAGUCAACUAGCUUAGGAAAAAACUGGAGAAUUUGUAGUAUGGGUGUAGUAGGGUGGAGUAGUAAUGAAUUACUGGUAUUUGUCAGCUUGAUUCUUGAACUGGCUAAGGUUGAGGAAUAGAGAAACUGGUUGAAUGGGUUGAACACCUUGAUGCCGUCAGCGUGCUUCAGUUUUCUAAGCAUUGCUGCAGUAAACCCUUGAUUCUGUUUUUUUUAGUAAGUCUUUCUUAAUCAAAGGGAGCUUACUAUGCUUACUGUCAUGCUUGAUUUAUAAUGCUUUUUUGUUUGUUUCUUUUGUAUAUAGAGUUCAUUCUGGGAUUGCUUAUUUUUACAUGUGAGAGAAUGGAAAGAGACUUUCCAAAUGUGGCCUGUGGGGUUGGGCUUUAGCAGCAUUGCUUAGAGAGCAACAACUGUGAAUUCUGCAAGAAAUGUACUUUAGAUGUGUUUAACGUUACAUUUCUUUUUUUUUGUUUUUUUUUUAGGGAUGCUAUCAUGCAGUAAGUGUGAAAUAAGUAAACUAAAGCUAACUGUAAUCAUUGACUUUAUUAGGAAAUUGCAGUUAUUUUUACCAACUGACAUUACUCUUUCUUUCUCCUUAGGUUAAUGCUUGAUAACUAAAAGGCCCCAGAAUUGAUCCUUUCAUCUCACACAGCUUCAUGUAUUUCCUGAUUAUCGUCUGCACUUUUACUGUUUCUACAUUCCUCCCUCCUCGGCGUUAAAUCAAUCACAGGACAGACAGCAUUGCUAUGGAUACGGAGUCCAUCCACUCUGGUUAUUCCCACCACUCCAACAGAUCACGGGGAUCAAACAAACAGAGUGAUCGCAGCAGCAGGGAUCGGCACAAAUCGCACAGCCGAGACAGCAGCAGCCGCUCAGACAAAAAUGUCAUCAUAAGUGCAUCGUCAGCCCAGCCACAGCAACCAGAUCAGAGCUCCGCCCCUACAGACGCCCAGGAUGACAACUGGGGCGAGACCACCACAGCGGUCACCGGAACAUCAGAUCACAGCUUGUCUCAAGAGGACUUGGCUGGCUUCGGGAAGGAGACGGACACUCCAGCUGAGAAGUUGAACUGUAUACGCUUUCUUCCUUUGGUCCUCACCCUCCUCCUGGGACUGCUGGUCCUGGUCACCCCCCUGGCCUUCCUGGUGCUUCCCCAGCUGGUGUGGCCGGAGCGUCUGCAGGCUUGCGGCACAGCCUGCGAGGGCCUGUUUCUCUCACUAGCUUUCAAGCUCCUCAUUCUGCUACUGGCCGGAUGGGCAUUGUUUGUGCGUCCGACGAGAGCCUCCCUUCCUAGGAUAGCUGUGUUCCGUGCCCUGCUUGGGUUGCUAACACUCCUUCUGCUGCUCUCUUAUUGGCUGUUCUUUGGGGUGCGCAUCUUGGAUUCACAGGACGAGAACUACCAGGGCAUCGUGCAGUUUGCUGUGUCAUUGGUGGAUGCUCUGCUGUUCAUCCAUUACCUGGCAGUGGUGCUGCUGGAGAUCCGGCAUCUGCAGCCCUGCUUUUCUCUUUGUGUCGUGCGCUCCACUGAUGGAGAGACUCACCACUACAACCUGGGACUACUGAGCAUACAGCGGGCAGCUCUGGUCAUUCUAGAAAACUAUUAUAAGGAUUUCUCAGUCCACAACCCUGCCCUACUGACAGCUGCUAAGUCCAGGGCAGCUAAACAUCUGGCUGGCUUAAAGGUCUAUGAUGUAGAUGGUGCUGGUAGCGAGGCUGCAACUGCUCAGUCUCGUGCUAAAAUCGCUGCUGCUGCCCGGCACAGAGACACCAGCCACAACGAGCUGUACUAUGAGGAAGCAGAGCAUGAGAGAAGAGUCCGGAAACGCAGGGCACGACUGGUGGUGGCAGUAGAGGAGGCGUUCACACAUGUUAGACGGCUGCAGGAGGAGGAGAAAAAGAAACCGCCGGGAGAUGAGAUGGAUCCUCGUGAGGCAGCACAGGCCAUCUUCCCAUCCAUGGCAAGAGCACUGCAGAAAUAUCUGCGCACCACCCGACAGCAGCACUGCCAUAGCAUGGACAGCAUUCAGGCCCACCUUGCGCUCUGCAUCACAAACAACAUGACCCCAAAGGCAUUUCUAGAGAGCUAUCUGGUCGCUGGGCCCACACUGCAGUAUGGGAGAGUGUGCUUGCAGGCUAGGCAGUGGAUGUUGGUCAGCGAGGCAUCUGUCACCAGUCCUCUCCGUCAUGGCACUGAGUUCCAGCUCAAAUGUAAUGACUUCAGCUUGGUGGUCACCAGCAAAGAUAUCCCUCAUGUCAAACUCAGCGAGGAGUUCGUCCACCCCAAGUCCCACAAGUUCGUACUGCAAAUGCAGUCCGAGACCUCCGUUUGAUGGAUUCAAUUUUUCUUUGUCGAUUUUGUUGUCUACACAUGUACAUUUUGGACUAAUACUAUUUUGUUUUAAAUUCUUUUUCACUUUUUCACGAUUUAUAAAUGGCAUUUUACAUACUGGAUGUAUUUUGAUACAAUAUUUGUUAUGGCCAUGAACAGAUAAUAAUAAAAAAAAACAACUAUGUAUUGCAUUACCUAGUGCUGGCAGGUGUGAUUGUGCAUUUGUGCUGUUUGUCUGUGUGUUACACUGUGCAAAUAGCAAAUACAAAUGACAUCAUGUGGUUAGCAACAGACAUUUUGGGCAGAGUUUUGUUUUUUGCAGGUAGACGUUAUUUAGCGCGCGUGUAUGUAUAAAUGAGAAAGCAACAAAGCAUGUUUAUUAAAAACAAGCCCAUUAAUGCUGCCUAAAGCUUGAAAUUUCUUUGCUAAUGAAAGCACAAAAGAGAAUAACAACCUGUCAUGCCUUUUUUCUACUGCUCUAAAAAAAAGGAUAAUGUACAUUUUGUUUUGCAUAUAAAAAAGGAAGAUUGUGUUGUAUUAGAUUUUUCUACAUUGUUCAGGUAUGUUACAGCAUACAUUUUCCCCAUGGCUCAUAAACAGCUCAUCGUAUUUGAGUACUGUUCAUGACAUCCAAUGCAUUGUGUUUGGUAGGAGUUUAAUUUACUGACCAAGCAUACAAAACUAUGCCGUAACAAAUUAAAAGUCACAAACAAAUGUCUUGCAACUAUUACUUAUCAGUGUUAUAUUCAUUCAUUCAUAAAUUUUAUAUGUAAGGCAAAUUAACUUUUAGUUUAUUUUAAGAGUUUUAAAAUGGCAAAAUUUCCUAUAGAACAGAACAACAGAAAUGUCAAUACUUUGCUUCAUUGUGUCAAUGGAAUGCAAAGACUUGGGAUGACCUCACCAGAAAAAAAAAUAUUUGGGUGAUUUAUGUGGGUUUUAUUAUUAUUAUUAUUAUUAUUAUGUCAUUUUUGCUGGUGGAAUCAAUUGUGUAAAUGUUUGCUAACCUAACACUUGAAAAUCUCAAUCAGGAAAUUCUGUGGCAAUUUCUUGAUUGUAAAACACUGGAUGUUGGACGAAAACAUGCGUUGCAUCCUCUGUUCAUCAGAUUCUUGUGGCAGAUUCUUAGUAAAUUUUAAACAGUAAUUUUUUUGUUUACUGAUUCAGAGCCAUUCCUCCAUGUAUCUGUAUAUAUUAUAAAUAUGGAAUAUUUCAUAUGCUGUACUGUAUGUAUAUAUUUCAUUUAUUAGUGUAUGUAGUUCACAAUCACUUUGUGUACAAUCCAGCAUUUGCUUGUAUGUUUAUAUAAUGCUAUAAUUUUGAUUUUACUUAUUACUGUAAUCACCAAAAUGUCAUUCAAUUUGGCCUGUUGAAUCCCUGAAAUGAAUUGUCUUGAUUUGUGUAAACCAUUCAUAAUGAGGAUUGUUUUGUGAGACAAAGGACAUUGCAGCAAAUUCAUAUGCUGAUUUUGAGCCCUUAACCUUGAUUUAUUUUAAAUUUUUAUGGAAUUUAUUGUCAUUGGAAAAUUUAAGUUAAACACAUGCUGUUUUUAAAUGACGUUUUGGUUUCUGAAUUAGAGCAAAGGUCAAUUCUAAAGUACAGCCAUCUUUUUUAUAAAUAGUUAAAAAAUCUAAAGCACAAAUUAUCAUAAAGUGUCCACAAUGUUUUUAUUUAUUGUUUUCUAUAUUAUCCUGUAACAAGUUGGACAUUCUCUUUUUCUGAAGGACCAAUCACAUGCAUAAUGUCAUGUCAAGUGAAAUAUAAUGUGUGAUAAAUAUAGAAUUGUUGGUUUGAGUUCAGCAAUCCAAAAGUCUCCCAUCUACUCUCUUGUUUAACAUGUAAUGAGUUUAUAUUGGGUGCCCAAUGUGAAGUGCCCAGUGCAUUCCAUAGCAAAAACCAAGCCAUGAAGUCUCUACAGACUUCAAAAACAUUAGCAACAAAUUACUUGUUUGGUACACUGUGGCCUCCAUUAGCAUCUAAUAGAAUGGUUUGGAGUUUCCAGCCUAUGUGGGUACUAAGAAAUGCCUUAAUCAAAAAGGUGGACAAAAACCAACUGGCCAUUCAAGAAAAGCUUCAGAAUUCCUGAGCAGAGGUGCAUCUACUAGAUGAAUAACCAUCUCUACAGGACUACAUAAUGUUUCUAUAUGGGAAUUAGACCGAAUGCAUUCUUAAGUAAAAUGUUAAUGACACUCCUCCCUGGAGUUUACCAUUCUCCUUUGCAUUAGAAUGACCAGAAGCACAAAAUCGAUGGCAAGUAUCUGAAAGCUGAAAUACAAACAACUGCCCCAUAAAAAUCUGUUGAACUUGAGCCCUACAGAAAAUCUGUGGGGAGACCAAAAGAUUGGAGUUAACCGAUGCUCCACAUACAAUUUGACAGAGCUUUAAGGACAUCUGUUAAGUGAAUUAAGAAACUGUCCCAAACCAUGUAAAUGGUUGACUCGUACUCCAGAAAACUCACUGAAAAAAGUGUGGAAUUACGGCCCUGAAUACUUAUUAAUUUAUUUGUCAUGAAUUUAUUAGAAAUGCAUGUUGUAAAUACUACACAUGUGUGGCAGCGGGGGUGUGGUCAAGCGCCCGUCAGGGAGAGGAAGCGGUAAGGGCGCUUGCACCUGAGCUAAAUCAUGUCUAACACCUGUCUCUAAUUCCAGUGAGCAUGGGGAGAGCGGCAUAAAAGCAGCCACAGAACCUCCAGACCGGCAGAGAGAGUGCACAAGGGAACCCAGUGUUCCCAAGAAAGACUGUAAAGAAUUUAUGUACAAUAAGUGUGUCAAGGAAUAUUAAAAACCUGUUACCUGUGAAAGAUUCCUGUGUUUUCCCUCUCACAGAGCGAGAGCGUUC